AUGUAUAAGCUGGUGCUUUUUUCCCUCGCUCUGCUAGUCGUUGCUGCACUUGUUGAGGGUAGUCCCAGGGCCGGUAUAAAGAAGAUUCACAUGAUUCCUCAUCUUCUUCAUCGUCUGAAGAAGACAGUAAUGAAUCAAGACGCCAUUCUGGACAUCAUUUGUGUUUACUCUCUUCCCAUAACGAUAGAUGAGUUAGUUGGUGUCUUUGCUAACCCCGUUAAGGAUUUUAUGCAAUUGGUACAUCCCUCGAAAUCAGUGAUAACGACAACACAGAGAUCCGUGGUUACAUUAAAUUCAAUGAUAGAUGUCCCUUUUAAUGAUCCAGAGCCAUGUGAAAAUGGAACCGUAAGAGAUAUUUACGGAGUUUGUAGACGACCGUGGCGUUAUAGAUCCAGUUACAGUUUAAUAGCAAUGAAGAACUGCGUCCUCUACGUAUUUUGCAAAAAAAAAAAAUCGAAAAUGCACCCCGCAAUAGCGAAAGGAGAUAGAAUAUGA